CAAUAUAAAAGAUAAGUGCCGCCGAAUCAGUCGUGUUAGUCAAUGCUAAGGAGCGGGAUAGUGUCCCCAGUGUACAGAGCACAAGUGGCGCUUAGCUAGCUGAGAGCUUUCGAUUGCAAGACAAGAAGUGCAGUAUCUGAUAGCGGUGGGAAAAGCGCGCAUUUUGGCGUACGAUCGCAUAGUGUGAGAUCCUUUCUGUUGAGGAACCGGAAGAGAAGGAUUUGAAGUUUGAACAAGCGUGGGGUGCUUGAGAGUGAAAUUUUACAGAGACUGUUGAUCAGUGGUGGAAAAGUGAAGAGUUACAAGUUAAUUCGAUAUUGUUCGUUGUUGGAAGAUACAAUUCUUAAUCUAAACCGCAAAAUGACGCAGACAAUCAAGAUAAGCGGAGGUCGCUAUGUCAAGCAAGUACACCACACCCUUCCUGGAGCUUCCGUUCGGCUGCUAGGGGUUCUGUUGCUGAUCUGUUUACUAGUUUCGACGGUUGAAGUUUCCGCCAGACCUUCAGACGCUGCUAAGCCCAGAGAAGCGACUUCGUCCGUUGAUCAUCGCAGCGAUUCCGUUCCUGUUUCGCAUCACAAUCACAAACGUUCUGCGGAUGAGAACGACUACGGAGACUAUUUCGACGACGAGUAUUUGCACAUCAGGCGCUGUUAUGAAGAUGAGGAUGUCAACGAACUGUGCCAACGAUGUUCGAAGGUGACGAAAUCAGCGAUAGUAUUUCCGAUGUGCUGCAGUAAUGAGGAUGAUACGAUGGAUUGGUGCAAGGCAUACGUGUACUACGGCAUACAGAACUGACGAGAACGGUGUCUAUGCCGACGCACUAUCAGGAAGUGCACGUUCCACUUAAACAGAUCUACUGAUUAGACUAGCUAGAAAUCCCUAUUUAUUUGUGUUCAAGCGUUCUCGCAUCAUCGUAUUCGUGUCGUCUUCAUUUAUUACGUUCUUGUUUCAUCGUCACGUAAUUUAUUACCGCCAUAAUUACUUACAUUAGGAAAGUUGAAGGAGACUAGAAGACUGCUGUAAUGUCUACAUUACGAAUUAGUGUAUGAAAAAUUAUUCAAUAAGCAAAUUGAAAGGCAACUAUCAAAAUCAAUUACGAUCGAAUAAAUACCUGAACUAAUAUACAAUCGGCAAAAAUAAAA